CCCAGGCCGGGGUUGCCAUGGAUACUGUGUCCCUGGAGCAUCAGAUCCAGAGCGUGCAACGCCACAUCAGCUUCCUGAAAAAAGAGCAGAUGGCCCUGCUGCGAGACCUGCACCUGGAAAUCCUGAGGCUGCAGAAACGCUGUUCAGAACUGACCCAUGACCUGGAGAUAAGAGAGGCCCAAUCUCACCAGCAAGAGUUGGCAUCCCAGGAGCUGGAGAGCAAAUGUCGUGCCCUGGAGUCGCAGCUGGCGGCGCGGGCGGCAGCCAACGCGGAACUGCGGCGCGAGGUGGCGCAGCGCGAGGCCCUGGUGUCCGCGCUGCGCUGCAGCCUGCGCGCCGAGGAGCGCCGCUUCCUGGAGGAGCUGCGUCGCCGCAGUCACCGCGCCACCGUGCUGGGCACUGAGCUGCAGAAGCACACCGAGGCGGCCGCCUACCUCUCCUGCCAGCUGCACGCGGCGCGCCAGAAACUGCAGACUCCGCGCCCGGGCCCCGGCGCUGCCGCCGCCGCCGCGGAACCCCGGGUCCGCCGGCGCGCACAGCGAGCCCGACGCCCGCCUGCCACCGAGGCCGCUGCCAAGGGCCCGGGCCGGGACUGGGCCUCCUGGGAGCGUGCGGCCGGCGCCCUGGACGACAUCGACGCCAUGCCAGACCCCGCGCUCUUCCUCUACGCCCGGAGGCCCCCGCGGCCCAGCGGCCGCAGCCCUCGCCAGCCGCCUCCCCAGGAGCCCCCGGACCAAGCUGGCCCGCUGGCCGCGCCUAGCCCGCCGAGGGCGCCCGCGGACCCGGAGUAGGCGUGGGGCCGGUGAAGCGGGAACCGGGGGAAGGCGGUCCCGGCCCCGGGCUAGGGACGCAGUUCGGGCCAUACAGGCGGGUCCCUAGGGCCGAGGGAGCCGGUCCCUACCCCCAGGGAGCGGACAAAGACGGCCCCUGCUCCCCAGCCCCUUCCAGCCGCCCCCGCCUUUUGUAUCCCCUUACGUCGCCGAAGCUUCGAGCUUUCCCCUCCACCAGGGAGGUCCUCCGCAGGGCCCAACGAAUGCACCUUUUUUUCCUGGAGAGGUCUCAUAGUACCGAUCCUUAUCUGGUCCCCACCCUGCCACUGGGAGGGGAAGGCGCGGGGGUCACGCCCUGCCCCUGGAAAGCUGACAAUCGUUUGUCGUUUGGCGGGAGGGGGAAGGCCUGGCUGGCAUACGGAAAGGAAGCAGCGUGACCUGACCCUUAGCAUCCUUAGGCCUUUCAGCUGCCCGCUGCGGCCUCCCCCAGCCCCGCACGGCUACCCUUCCCGCCGAGCCUCCUCCGAGGCUCGAGCUAGGGGCUAGAGGCUGGACCUUUUCCUUGGAAGCCGCUUCUCCCCUACCCUGCUGACAGGUCCUUACAGGUGAGCACGAAACACUUUAGAAGACGCCUCCUCCAGAGCCUCUGGUGGGGAAAGUGGGCAGAUGAAAGUUUGAACUUCCCGAGGUUAGCACCCCUAGUCCCUUAGAGAGGAUUACAGGAGGGGUUUGAUGGCAGAUGCUGGUCUAGGGCUGUCUCCAGCUCAGUUCUACCCUAGGACGCUGACCUAGGUGUUUAGACUCCAGGUGCAGCCAGAGAUGAGCUGCCUGGUUAGGCUUAUGGAGGUGUUAGAAACUGCCUUCA